AUGCGGUCCCUUGAAAGACCACCAGCAGCUGCCACUGAGGAGCUGUCUUAUUUAAACGCUUCAUCUGUCAUGCGUCCGACGGAUGGCACAACGUAUGUGCACAGAAAGCCUGGACAGAAGGAAGGCUACCAGAUAUCAGCCACAGAGAAGGUAAACGCUGCCAUUCAGAAAACCGAGAUCCUAAAACAAACAACUGGUGAUAAAUUGAGCGUCCCAGAAAUAACAUCUGCUAAAAGUGUUGGCAGAGUAGAUUCCUCGCCUCUCCUGACACCGCUUGAUGAGGCGUCGCUUGUGGGGAGACAGUACGGCCAGAAUGCAGACUACCAGAUUCCAGUCGCCGUGGAUAUGACAUCUCCCGUUCAGAAAACCCACAUCUUCAAACAAACAACUGGUGAUAGAACUAGAGUCCCAGAAAUAACAUCUACCGACAGUGUUGGUAAGGCGUACAAUGUAGCUUUAGCGCCUCUCCUGACUCCGGUUGAUGAGGCGUCACUUAUGGGGAGACAGCACAGCCAGAAUGUAGACUGUCAGAUGCCAGCCGCCAAGGAGAUGAGAUCUGCCAUUCAGAAAACCGAAAUCUUCAAGCAAACAACUGGUGAUAGAACUAGAGUCCCAGAAAUAACACCUGCCGGGAAUGCUGACAAGGCAUGCAAUGUAGCUUCCGCGCCUCUCCUGACUCCGCUUGAUGAGGUUUCGCAUGUGGGGAGACAGCACGGCCAGAAUGCAGACUACCAGAUUCCACCCGCAAAGGAGAUGAGAUCUGCCACUCAGAAGACCGACUUCCUCAAACAAACAACUGUUGUUGUAGUCGGGCCCACCUCCUCCAUUUCCUCGAAGAAAUAUUGUGGCCUGGAUAAGGCGGACGUGCGGACCUCAGAUAUGCUAUAUGAUGGCCAUGUUGGCAGGGGGUCCAAGGUAGGAUGCGCCUUUCCCCGGAUUUCACUUGAAAAGGCACCGUUGGGGGAAACAAAUCAUGGACAGAAUGCCGGCUACCAGGCCUCAGCAACCGAGGACAGGACAUUGGCUAUUCAGAAGUCUGAGGGUCACAAACGUACAAUUGAUGAUGAACUGCUGUUUCCAGAAAGACCGCCUGCAAAUAAUGUUGUCAAUGCGCCAUAUCCACUUGAAAUGGCACCAAUUGUAGUCAGAAAAAAUAAACGGCAGAUGAGCAACCAAAACUCAGCCACCAACAGGACUAACUCCAAGAUUCAGGAGAUUGUCGUCCUCAAACGAACAAAUGAUGAUGAACUGCGGGCACCAGAAAUAACAUACACUGGUAGUAUUGACAGGGCGUCCAAUAGAAAUACCACCCAUCUCCAGAUGCCGCUGCAAGAGACAACGCUUGUGAGCAGAAGAUUUCGAGGUAACGGAGACCAUCAGAUGCUCCCCACCGAGAAGACUAACUUUGGCUUCCGGAAGACCGAUGUCCUUAUGUACACAACUGAUGAUGAACUGCGACCACCAGAAAGACCGUCCGCUGCCUACGUUUUCAAGGGAUCCAGUAUAACU